AACCACAUUCUAUAAGAGGCAGCACUCGGCCCUAGUACCUUGCAGUGACUUGUAGCUUCUAUUUUGUUAACAAAAAAAGGACACAUUAAUAAAUCAAGAUGGAUCUAAGGACGUUUGCCGCAUUCUUGAUCAUGGCAGUCUGUUUCAUUAAGCAGUCGGAUGGUCAGAUCACUGCAUGGGCAGAAACUGGCGGUAAUUCAGCAACAAUCACAGGAGCAUCUGGCACUAUGACAGUUGCAGCCCUAUCGGAAAGCGUAGCUGCGAAUGGCGCACUGUUUACUGUGACUGCUACACCGACAGGCACAGACACGAUAGCUUCUUAUGCGUUCACAACAGGCGGGAACCCCGGCACCGCUGGUACUAUUGCCACUGCUACGUCAGGUGCUGUCACCGCCACGAAUGCUAUUAGUGAUUCUAUAGCAACAAGCUAUGUAUUUGAAAUCAUCGCCACCGAUUCAGCAGGUAAUAUGGGAACAGCCACGGUAACGCUGUCGGUAGCCGACCUUCCUGGUCUUUCCGAUUAUGAAAUUCCAGUGUGUUUGGCUGACGGCGCUGCUAUCGGUACAGCAGUCACUACACUUUCUGCCACCAACACAGUUACCUCAUGGGUCGUAUCAGACACGACCAACUUUGCCGUUAGCAACGCCGGAGCCGUGACGACAGCGGUAGCCACGAGUGCUUCAACCAAAGCAGGAUACGCAAUAACCGUUACCGCAACCGACGCAAACAGCAAAACAUCAGUAGCAAAUAUCUGGAUCGUAGUUGGAAUCUGUAGUGGAGCCAUGAAGAUGACCGUCACUGCUGCCUUAGUGAUGAUGUCCUUUGUCAGCGCCUACCUUAUCUAGUGCUACUUACACCUACAUGUUAUUCUUCUUUAGAUUUCAAAACACACUCAAAAGAACAAUUUCAGUACCAAAAUCAAUUAUGAUAAAGAUCCUCAUCUGACCUUAAUAUGAUCUAAAUAAAAAUUAUUAUUAAGCCAAAAGUAAAAUAACUGUGGUGGGGCAUAUACAUGAUUACUUUGAGUUGCAGUAUAUAACGUAAAAAGUAUUAUUAAAGAAGAAAUAAAAUGAAAAUUCUAGAAAUUCGAAUAAAAAUGCAUAUUGUUGCUUAUGAGACUUUCAAUAUCAUAUUUUUUUAUCAUAUCAAAGGGCUUUAUUAUAAAUAGAUUUUGAACAUCGAUCAAAAUAAUUCAACUUAAAUGGAGACAAAAUACAAAAUGUGUGUUGCGAAACUUGUUUAGAUAUUUUUUUAUGUCGUGUUUGUGUUUUUCGCAUGUAUACUACAGUACUGAUGUCAACAAUUGUCACCUUUGUCACAUUUGACUAAUAUUCAGAAUAAGUGUUAUUGUACUAUUCUGGUAAUACUGUGCAUGACAUUAGGGAAAUAGUAUACUGCUCGAGAGAUUGUAAACUGUCGUCUGUGUGCAAAAUGGAGACGUUUUUCGUAUGACUAUCAAUCUGAUAUUAAUUCUGUAAAUUUGAUAUGAAAUCGAAAACUAAACCUAUAUACUAUUGUGCAUUCCUUUAUGCAUACAAGCGUGUAUGGUCAAGACAAUAAAUGUACAAUGUU